AUGGAAGGAAUUGUGCACAGAAUGGUGGAAGUGAAUGGCAUCAAUAUGCACGUGGCUGAGAAAGGAGAUGGCCCGGUGGUGCUCUUCUUGCACGGCUUCCCCGACCUUUGGUACUCCUGGCGCCACCAGAUCCUAUCUCUCAGCUCUCGAGGCUACCGUGCGGUGGCUCCAGAUCUCCGCGGCUACGGCGACACCGAUGCCCCGUCGUCGAUCAGCAGCUACAUGUGCUUCCAUCUCGUGGGUGACAUCGUGGCCCUCAUCGACUCUCUGGGUGUGGAUCAAGUAUUCCUCGUCGCUCAUGACUGGGGAGCCAUCUUGGGUUGGUACCUCUGCCUCUUUCGCCCUGAAAGAGUCAGAGUUUAUGUAUGCCUCAGUGUCCCCUUCCGACCUUUUCUGGGCAGAAACCCCAAAGUCAGAACCGUUGAUGCCUUCCAUGCCUUAUAUGGCGAUGACUACUACAUCUGUAGAUUCCAGGAACCGGGGAAGAUGGAAGCAGAGCUGGCUCGAGCUGGGACUUCAUACGUGAUGAAGAAUAUCCUUACCACUCGGCAAACGGGUCCCCCGAUCUUGCCAAAAGGAGAGUACGGGACUGGCAUCAAUCCCAAUACUCCAGAGAACUUGCCCUCCUGGCUCACUGAAGAAGAUCUCGCUUAUUAUGUUUCCAAAUUUGGCAAGACCGGCUUCACUGGUGGCUUGAACUACUACAGAAAUCUCAACCUGGACUGGGAGCUGACCUCGCCGUGGAAUGGAGUAGGAAUCAGCGAUAAAAUUCCGGUAAGAUUCAUAACGGGCGAUUUAGACCUGGUGUACACAUCUGCUGGGAUGAAAGAGUAUAUUCAUGGUGGUGGAUUCAAGAAAGAUGUGCCCUGUUUGGAGGAGGUAUUUGUGCAAAAGGGAGUGGCUCACUUUAACAAUCAGGAAGCAGCAGAAGACACCAGCAACCUCAUUUACGACUUCAUUUCCAAGUUCUGA